AUUUCUAUGAUUAUCAUGUGUUCUUUGAUCUUUAAUACUAGGAAUUUAGAACAUUUGUCUCUCUACGGAAUGGAUUAUUGUAACUUGAGUGAAUUUUAAUUUUCAUGUUUUAAGAAAUUUGUUUUGUUUAAUCAUUAUGGAGUGGAUGCAGAUGUUUUUAAAAUUUAUUUGUGAAGUUUGCUGACUUGUUGAGAAGCCUGCAGUGUACCGAUGUGGAAUCGGUUUUGUUGCUAAAUCAAGUUUCUUUGUUUUAAGCCAGUUGGGCAUUUGACGUAAAUGAUUUGUUUGGUGUUUGCGGUAGUGCAGCUACAAUGUCGCAUAAUUUUGUCUUCCCACACGAUAAAGGUAGAUUUUUCAAAAUCAAUCACGGAGAAAGUAAAGAGUACCCCAGAAGAGAGAAACCAGAUGACGUACACGUGAUUGUCUCUGAGGCACAUGAAAGUACAGACUUUCUCUCUAGGAUCGUGGCGGAGAGAAAUAAACUAAAUGACUCGGGUGCACAUUUGAUCCACGUCAACCCUAAGUUCCUCAACUCGAACAUGCAGGGGCAGUGCAUCCGUGGUGAGAGUAAGCAAAGUGUGCGUGCAGAAUCACGGCCUUGUUUCCAUCACAUCAGUCGAGGUGUUUUGCACGGAAAACCGCAAGGACAAAACCAAAACGUCGCAGUUUCCCAGCCGCAGAUCGCCGAGGAUAAGAUUUCCCUUUGCACUGUGAAUUCAGUUAAUGGUUCUCGUAAACGUCCCAGUGCCACUCAAACAUCGAGCAGUAGGAUAAAUAAUAUUUUGGUUCAUCCACGCAAUAGUGUUGUGGUGACAAAAAGAGAUUCAAAUAAAAACGUGAAUUUAGCUUGUAAGAACCUUCAGUCAAGGUCUGUCCACAUAAAUCCAUAUUUUACCCCAGUUCGCCCUGUCCCCGUUGAAGCGCUAAGGGUAGAAACUCGUUUGCAGGAGAACCAUGCUACAAAACUCGUUGGCUCUAGCGAAGAAACAAAGAUGGUUCAUUUUAAUCCAAGGUUUCAUUAUUCUCGAGUAAGAUCAGAAUCAUUUAAAUUAGACAAUUUAAACCAUCUCAAGACCACAGCGGCUGGAAAUCUUCAAGCUGGGCGUGCAAACGUUACGCUGGGGCAGAGCACCAAAAAGUGCGUGUACGUGAAUCCAAAGUUUGCUAUGUUGAAGAAAAGCGACAAACAAAGUUGCCGUGAUGAGCGUGUCAUUGAUCGGGAAAAGAUUGGGCUCUUAGUCAAAAAAACAGCUGAUGGGAGAGUGCUGCAUUUGCCCAACGCGAAGCCGGAUAUUAGCGACCCAUUACCCAUUUCAGUACAACUGCAGGAACACACGAAAGGGGCGGACUUUUCAUCUGAUGGUGGGGAAAAGAGAGACGCCAAGCUUUCAGUUGCACCGCGUGCACAGAGCUUUGGCGUAGUCGCUCCUGCUAGCAGGAACCCCGGCACUAGUUCAUUAGUUGUAUUGAGCAAAACCAAGUUGAUUCGGCGCAGCACCAAGGGUGCCGCCAAAAGUACGUGUGAGGAGCAGCGCACGGUGUUCGUGUCCAACAGCUCCAGGAAGCUCGUGAAGAGGAGGCGAACUCUGAGCUCUGGGUCCAGACUCGCGAGGAGCGUGGAGCAGCCAGCCCCCAGACCGUCGCCUCUUGCCGUGCCUGCCAGGCCACUCAGGACCAAGUACAAGCUUGUCAGGAAUGUGGCUGCCCCCAUCAACCAGACUUCAGCCUCGAGUGGGCCGGGAAGCUUGGUUCCCCCUUCGUCGAAGCUGGAGAAGCGUAGCUCGGUCUGCGACGUCGCCGGGAAGGACUUCUCCCUCAGGAAGAACGCUCGUCGUAGCUCGCUGGUGCUGCUGAGCAGGACGAAGCUGAUUCGCCAGAGCACCAAGAGCCCGAGGAACCGCCAGACGGUGACGAUUUCGAACAAUGCCAGGAAGCUGGUUCGCAGGCGACGGUCAUCGGCGAACGUCACGCCCCGGCCAAACAGCGCCACCCCAGGGCAUGUUGGGUCCGUGAAGCUCACUCAUCGGUCCGUGGCCGUACCUGCGGCGGUGAGGUUGGCGCGGUCGCUGCGGACCAAGUACAAGUACAUCCGCAACUUGUCGGACCAGAAGGGCCGGCAGGUGCCUCAGGCGCCCCACCCCGGCACGAGAUCGCGGUUCGUCCCCAGGCCGAGAUACGGCGGGGACUGGCGGACAGCAAGAAGGCCCAGAAGGAACUACAGGGGCUACGGCAGGUCGCAGUGGCGGGGGCAGGUCCGAGUCUGCUCCCAGCCGUACCCGAGAAGGGUCGCCCCCCUGCGACUGCCGGCUAGGAGGCCGGGGCAAGCCAGCCUCGUGUGGAGAAACGCCAACUACGUCCAAGCGAGGCGAGUCGCUCGCUCUAACCGGAGACUGGGACAAGUCGGCCGGCCGAGGGGCGGGGCGCUGAAGUGCCGUGCCGGCACGCCCAACAUGGUGAGGAUAGGCGGGGUCCUCUACCGGCGCACCCUCAACAAGCUUACGCGCACCAACAGCGGCGGAGUGGGGGCGGACGCAUGCGCGACGUCGCUGCGGGGACGUGUGGUCCACAUCCGCGGCAGCAAGUUCCUCAUGGAGGCGUCCGGGAAGACCAUGCGACGCCUGGAGCCGCCUCGCGGGCCCGGGGCGGGGGCAGGGGGGAGGCGGGGCUCGCCCCCGGUGAUGAGGGUCGACAUCGGGGGAGUCACCUUCCUGCAGACGUCCCGCAACGUGCUCAUCAGGACCGACUACCACCGGGCCCGCAGCAUCUUGAGCCAAGCCAAGCAGAGGAGCAUCGCCACGCUCACGCAGAAGCUCAAGAAGAACAACCAGCCGUGCGUGUUCUACCAGCGGUUCGGCCGCUGCCCCGGGAAGGACUCUGGCGCCUGCCCGCGCGUACACGACCCCAAGAGGAUCGCCUUGUGCAGAAGGUUCCUGCAGGGGCGCUGCGAGCUGGCGGGGUGCCCCCUGUCCCACGACGUGGUCCCAGAGAAGAUGGCCACGUGCCGCUUCUUCCUGGAGGGCGUGUGCGUGCGCGACAACUGCCCCUACCUGCACGUCAAGCUCAGCUCCAAGGCCGGCGUGUGUGUGGGCUUCCUCCAAGGGUACUGCCCUCUGGGAGAUAAGUGCGAGAGGCGCCACGUGAACGUGUGUCCCGAGCUGGACCGCGCGGGGAAGUGCACCAGAGGUAAGUCCUGCCCGUACCCCCACAAGGUAGGUGCCAGGCCCCGGGCGAAGAGGCGCAGCGAGGCCCCGAGUGGCGGCGGCGGCGGGGGGGAGACGCGGGCCCCGCCCAUCCGCGCGCCGGCCCCCAGGUACUACGAGGGCUCUGGCCCGGAGGCGCCCCCCCUCGGGGAUCCGCCCGUCGCGAAGAGGAGCCGGCUGGGGCCCAUGCCGGGGUACAUUGCGUUCAAGUAGCAGCGAAACUACGCCCACCACUUCAAAGAUGUGUUCAUGUGUGUGUAUCAUUUAGAUGUGAUUAAAUCCCUGAGUGGCAUGGGUUUACGUGCUGUUUGUAUUAAAAUUUGCUCGAGUGAUGUGAGUACGAGAUCUCAAUACUUGUUAAAAUAUUUCUAAAUUUUUUUCCCCCCCAGAUAAUAGUUUUUCAGAAUAGGAACGUUUGCAGCUUUGGCUGAAGAUGUUAUUUUUUGGAGACUUUUGUGAGUGUACAGUGUUGCAGUUUAUUUUUUUGUUUCCUAUAUUUUGUAUUCCAGUUUUGUAUUGAUAUGAUUAUUUUAUCAAUAAAAAAUUUCUUGCUA